GAAAUGGCAAAAGCGUAUGUGAAAUCCAAGGAGAUGGUGGAGCUGGUCAACGUGCCAUCCUGGAUGGACAAAGGUCUGGGCUCUCAAAAUGAGAUGAAGGAGGAGGAGAGAAGACCAGGUGCUUACGGGCUACUCAGCAGCUUAACUGAAGAGCAUGACAGUAUUGAGGAGGAAGAAGAGGAGGAAGAAGACGGGGAGAGACCUAAGAGAAGGGGUCCCAAGAAAAAGAAGAUGACCAAAGCGCGCCUUGAGCGAUUCAGGGCUCGAAGAGUCAAGGCCAAUGCCAGAGAACGGACCCGGAUGCAUGGGCUGAAUGACGCCCUGGAUAACCUGAGGAAGGUCAUGCCAUGCUACUCUAAAACGCAAAAGCUUUCUAAGAUAGAGACCCUCAGACUGGCCAGGAACUAUAUUUGGGCUUUGUCUGAAGUCCUGGAGACUGGCCAGACACCUGAAGGGAAGGGCUUUGUGGAGAUGCUUUGUAAAGGGCUCUCUCAGCCUACAAGCAACCUGGUGGCUGGAUGCCUUCAGCUGGGUCCUCAGUCUGUCCUCCUGGAGAAGCAGGAAGAGAAAUCUCCUAUUUGUGAUUCUGCCAUCUCAGUCCACAACUUCAACUAUCAGUCUCCAGGGCUUCCCAGCCCUCCUUAUGGCCAUAUGGAAACACAUCUUCUUCAUCUUAAGCCUCAAGCAUUCAAGAGUUUGGGAGAAUCGUCCUUUGGGAGCCACCCACCUGACUGUGGUACCCCACCGUAUGAGGGCCCACUCACUCCACCUCUGAGCAUCAGUGGGAACUUCUCCUUGAAGCAAGAUGGCUCUCCUGACCUAGAAAAAUCAUACAGCUUCAUGCCACAUUACCCUUCUGCAAGCUUAAGCUCAGGGCAUGUGCAUUCAACUCCCUUCCCGGCUGGUACUCUUCGCUAUGAUGUUCCCAUAGACAUGUCCUAUGAUUCCUACCCUCACCAUGGUAUUGGAUCACAACUUAAUACAAUCUUUACUGAAUAG